GUGAUGAGUAGUCGGUUCGCUAUAUUUUCUCAACUUAGUUGUAUCAACUUGGGGUUCAGGUAUUAUAUCCUGCCCUAAAUCCGACUAGAAGGUCGACAACGAGACCACUUGUCGGUCGGUUGUGUAGCAGUGUCUAAUAUUGAGCCGGGUUUCUGGUGUUAUUCCUUUGUAAAUACUGUUAUUUGUAUAUACUGUAAAUGAUGACGUCCAUGGGCGGGAACCGAGCCCGUGGCAGCUGGGAUCAGACGCAGGGCCAGACACAGAGUCAGACACAGCACAAGCAGAGGCCUCAGGCUACUGCAGAGCAGAUCCGGCUCGCACAGAUGAUUUCAGACCACAAUGAUGCAGACUUUGAAGAGAAGGUCAAACAGCUUAUUGACAUCACAGGCAAGGACCAGGAUGAGUCUAUGAUCGCACUGCACGAUUGCAACGGGGAUGUCAACAGAGCCAUUAACGUGUUGCUGGAGGGUAGCCCAGACACUGACUCUUGGGAAAUGGUGGGGAAGAAGAAAGGGGUGUCAGGCCAGAAGGAGACUAGCCAGGCAGAGACCGGAGACGAAGGGAAAGAGAACAGGGAGAAGGGAGGAGAGAAGGAUGUGGCACGUCGUCGAGGUGGAGCUCCACGCAAAGGCCGUGGAGCCAGCAGGGGACGAGAGUUUCGUGGUCAGGAGAAUGGCUUGGAUGCAGGCAAGGCUGGAGUAGUGGGAAGAGGUGCUGAGCGAGGCCGAAGGGGAAGAGGCAGAGGAAGAGGCACUGUCGGAGUAGCUGGUCGGCGAGGAGGCAGAUUUUCAGCGCAGGGCAUGGGCCAGAUUGAUAAGGGGCCCAGAUAUGAUAUUGCAGGAGGUGAGAGAACAUUCAACCCUGCUGACUAUACCGAGCCAGCGCAGACAGAAGAAAACUAUGGAGGGGGCAGCACCUGGAACAACACGGGAAGUGCGGAGCUUGAGGAGGGAGCUAGGCUGGAAUACGCUGCAGGAGAGGGAACAAAUUACCCGCCCAAGUUUGACUCUGCUCCUGGCGCCUGGAGGACUGCCACUGAGGAGUGGGGCACUGAGGACUGGAAUGAGGAUCUUUCAGAGACAAAGAUAUUCACCGCUUCCAGUGUGGCGUCCGUGCCUGUGCCUCAAGAGAAUGUAACCAUCACCAAAGGACAGAGGAUUGACCUUGCGGUGCUCCUGGGGAAGACUCCCCCAUCCUCCUCCUCAGAGACAGAAAACCCCCCCAUGGAGGCCACCCAGCCCUCCUCCUUGUCCCAGUCACUGGUUUUCAGCAACUCCAAGCAAGGGGUGCCGCUCUCCCAAACAUCCACCAGCACCCCUUACACCCAGCACAGCAUGGUCAGCAUGCUGAGCAAGGGUUUUGGAGAUGUGGGGGACCCUAAAGGAGCCAGCACAGGGACAACUGGCUCUCAGUUCCUGGAGCAAUAUAAAACGGCCCAAGCACUGGCCCAGCUGGCAGCCCAGCAUUCCCAAUCUGGACCCCCCAAUACAACCCCUUCAUCCUGGGACACCAGUGCCACCUCACUGGGACAAUAUGAUAUGAAGUCUGAGUCUGCGGUCCAUACACCCUUUACAAAGCGGCAGCCCUACCAGGCCGCCACCUCAACCUCGUCCAUGUUGGAUGUUUUCCUGCAGGACAAAGGCCUGCCUCCUUCGUCUUCUUCCUCGUCCCAUGUGGUGCCUCCGCCUGCUUCCUCCCUUCCCAAAAUGUCAGCAGUUCCUUCUCUAGGUCAGCAAGUUUCCCCAAGUUCCUCAGAUGCCCAGGGUUCCAGUCCUCUGCCUUUGCAGCAACAUAAACUCAAACAGCAGAAGAAGAGGACUUCCAUCACAACAAAGAUUCCUGCAAUGGCGGUUGAGAUGCCUGGCUCAACAGACAUGUUGGGCCUCAAUCUUCAGUUUGGAGCACUGCAGUUUGGGUCAGAACCAGUUCUACCAGAGUACGAGUCGAACCCCGCUACCACAACACAAGCCAACCAGGUCCAGAACAGUCUGUACACUAGCCCCAGCAGUGAAUCAACUCCAGCUCUCUCCAACUCCAGUCAGAUGGACAUGUACGAGAGAGCGUCUCAGACACGACGCUACCCUUCCUCAGUCGCCUCCUCCCCUCAGAAGGAUAUGCAGCCCAAGAAUGGCUUCGGUUCAAUACAAGCAACACAUUCUGGGGAGGCUGCAGCAGGCUCUGCAGUAUCAGUUAAGUCUGUCUCUGAUUUAGUCACGCCUGUCUCCAGCAUGGGCAAUUUGACUGACAGCGGCACGGGCCCUGCCUCCUUGUUGACUACAUCCAAUCAGACGUCCCACAGCGGUCUGGGCCACGGGGAAGACCUGCCUCCAAGCAGCAUCCCCCCUCAGCACAACAACUCUCACCCAUCACAACAGAACAGCCUUGCUCCAUCUUUAGUCCGGACAUCCAACUCAAGCUUAAUGCAUCCAACUGUAGACGGUGACUCAAGCCUGCACUGCUCCUCUUUUCCUUCCUCCGUACCGUCAUCAGUCCCCUCCUCUUCCACUGUGGCUUGUGCGCAGGUGUCCCUAGGGGCCCCUCAGGGCUCCACUAUGGGCUCUGCAACAGUUUUGGCUGCCGCCGGCCUCGGCCCCGUCAGCAGUCUGGCCAUGGGCCUCAACCCUGCCUCCAUGGGUGUCCAAGCUGCAGCAAUUGCCGCUUCAAUCUCCUCAGCCAUUCCUUCUUCAGCUACUUCCUCACGCGGCUCUGCAGCAUCCUCAGGGAAAGCUCCUCCAAACCUGCCACCUGGAGUGCCCCCUCUACUGCCCAACCCAUACAUCAUGGCCCCUGGACUACUGCACGCCUACCCUCCACAGGUGUACGGCUAUGAUGACCUACAGAUGCUACAGACAAGAAUACCGCUGGAUUAUUACAGCAUCCCCUUUGCAACUCCCACAACAGCAUUGACUGGCAGAGACGGCAGCCUGACGAACAACCCUUACUCUGGUGAUUUAUCAAAGUUUGGUCGAGGUGAUGCAUCAUCCCCGUCUCCAGCCACCACAUUAGCUCAGACACAACAGAACCAGACCCAGACGCAUCACACCACACAGCAGCCCUUCCUCAACCCCGCGCUGCCGCCUGGCUACAGCUACACGAGCCUCCCGUACUACACCGGCAUGCCAGGCCUGCCCAAUACCUUCCAGUACGGACCUGCUGUGUUUCCGGUGGCUCCUACCUCGUCAAAGCAGCACGGUGUGAAUGUCGGCGUCAAUGCAUCAGCCACUCCCUUCCAGCAGGCUACUGGUUAUGGUUCUCAUGGAUACAGCACUGGCUAUGAGGAUGUGGGCCAGGCUUCAGGGAGUGGGGAUUUCUGUAAGGGCGGAUACGGCACUGCCGUGGCCGCUGCCGCUUCUGCACAAAACAAGCCAGCCAGCUCUGUCACCGGGCCUGGAGUCGGAGUCUCUGUGACAUCAAGCAACACGGGGGUACCAGAUAUUUCAGGGUCCGUUUACACAAAGACUCAGCAGUCGUUUGAGAAGCAGGGUUUCCACGCUGGCACGCCAGCAGCUUCAUUCAGCCUGCCCUCGGCUCUGGGGAGCGGGGGACCCAUCAACCCCCCUGCUGCCGCGGCCUACGCCCCGGCCCCCUUCAUGCACAUCCUGGCGCCACACCAACAACCCCACUCUCAGAUUCUGCACCAUCACCUGCAGCAGGAGGGACAGAGUGGUACUGGACAGCGCAGCCAGAACGCCUCCAUUCAGCAGAAGUCUCAGAUCAACAAGCCGGCAUACAACAGCUACAACUGGGGGGCAAACUAACAUCCACUGACGGGCCCCCACGCUGUUGACCGAAGAUAGAAGGGGGCUCAUCACUCCUUCUGCAAAAAGUCUCCACAUAUAAACUCCCUCUUCCUCUUGCAGAGAUUCCCUCCCCAGUCUCUUGGCCCAGCACUCCUGCAGCUCUGACUGCGGUCAGAGGAGGUGCUGUGCCGAGAGAACGAGCAUUGUAAAGAUGCAUGGGUGGGAGGGACAGGAGGGACUUAGAAGAGAGAGGAGAUUGGAGCUAUAUGGUUAUAGAAAUACACCGUCAAGAGGUGAAAUAUUGAGUGUUGGGAAUUUGUAUCGUGUUAAUCCCCCAGCCCCUCCCUCCCUUUUUUUUCUUUGAUUUGUCUGUAACAUAGAACUGUUUUCUAAAAGAAUGAAUGUUUUUUUUUUUUUUUUUUUUUUUUUAAAGUCUUCCCCUCCCCCCCCUUUUUUUUCUUGCAGAUGGGGAGGAAUGAAGUAAUAUCUGAAGGUGGGGGGACAGGCUGGUUUUGUAUUUCUCACCCUCAACUCAACUCCCCACUCUUUAAUUUUGGUGGAAACUCUUCCCUCCCACACAAAAUGCCCAAACACAAUAAUUUGCUUGAUUGCUGUUAAAUGUUUUUUUUUUUCGUUUUUUUGGUCAUUUUAAGUUUGAAGAAACAAUUCUCUAAAUUGGUAGAGUUGUGAAGUUUAUUUUUUACCAAAUAUAGAUAUAUUAUAUAUAAAGACAUAAGCGAGCUCACUGGCUUUGACUGUGAGGAAAGUGUGUUCGUCAUGUGACUGCGUGCAUGUUUGUACACACGGGGGCCGUUGUUGUGUACUGUGCUUUGUUUUUUGCCUAGCACAGAUUUUUUCAUUAUCCAACACUUGUACAGUUACCGUUCCCAUGAAUUAUAAAUAUGUUGCAUAAAGGCCCCACCUAUUCUGCAAGAGAUGUUGAAUGAUUUCCAAGGCCAAUACACACCCAAUCUGCCUUCCAGUGUGAUUUUAUUUAGGUUUUUUUGAGGCCCCCCACCUCCUCCCCGUUUCACCACCUGUCUCCCAUUGUAAGGAAACCUGCAGCAUUGAAUACUGAUGGACAGAAUUGUACUAUGGGUUUUUUUGUCAGUGAUUUCUUUUUUCUUUUUGUACUGUGCGUUUUAAAAACAAUUUAAAUGGAUAAACUUGUCUUGUACAUAUAUAAAAAAAAAAACAAGUACUGUA